AUGGAGUCCGUCAACACCCAGCAGCCUCCGGCUUAUCACAAUGACAAGAUUGGCGAGGAGCACAAGUAUCAGCAGGACCUGGAGGAUGAUGUCCAUGCCAUGAAGCAUGGCGAGGUCUCGGAUGCCUUUGGUGAUGAGGAGUAUGCUGAAAUCAAGUAUAAGACUUUGAAGUGGUGGCAAUGUGGUCUGCUCAUGAUUUGCGAGUCUGUCUCGCUCGGUGUCCUGUCACUGCCCAAUGCCGUGGCUACUCUUGGAUUGGUCCCUGGUGUCAUCCUUAUUGUCGGCCUUGGUCUCCUUGCCACCUACACCGGAUACAACAUUGGUCUCAUGCGUGAGCGCUACCCCCACAUCCAGAACCUGGGAGACGCCGGCGAGAUUCUCCUGGGCCGAUUCGGCCGCGAGCUCUUCGGCGGAGGCCAGUUCCUGUUCUGCAUCUUCGUCAUGGGCAGUCACAUCCUCACCUUCCGCGUCAUGAUGAACACCAUCACCAACCACGGCACGUGCUCGAUCGUCUUCGCGCUCGUCGGCAUGCUGAUCUCCCUCGUGCUCUCCAUCCCCCGUACCAUGAAGGGCAUGACCUGGAUCUCCUUCGCAUCCUUCAUCAGCAUUUUCAGCGCCGUAAUGAUCACCAUGAUCUCCGUCGGUGUCGAGGCCACCCCCGACCGCAUCGUUGAAGCUACCACCGAACAAUCCCUCUACACUGCCUUCCAGGCCGUCUCCAACAUCGUCUUCGCCUACUGCGCCCACGUCGCCUUCUUCGGCCUGAUCGCCGAGAUGGAGACCCCCCAGGACUUCAAGAAGUCCCUCUUCAUGCUGCAGGGCUUCGAAAUCUCCCUCUACCUCACUGCUGGUGUCGUUAUCUACUACUACGUCGGUAGCGAGGUGCCCUCGCCUGCUCUUAGCGCUGCCGGUCCCCUUAUGAAGAAGGUCGCCUACGGUAUUGCCAUCCCUACUAUUGUCGGCGCGGGAGUCGUGAACGGUCACAUCGGCUUGAAGUACAUCUACUUCCGUCUCUGCGCCAAGUCUGAUCUCAUUCACCAGCGCAGCUGGAAGUCCAUUGGAAUCUGGGUUGCUCUCGGCGUGUCUUGCUGGGUUGUUGCUUGGAUCAUUGCCGAGGCUAUUCCUGUCUUCAGUGACUUGAACAGCUUGAUCAGUGCCCUGUUUGCUAGUUGGUUCAGCUACGGUCUUAGCGGUAUCUACUGGCUGCACUUGAACAAGGGUGCUUGGUUCUCCUCAAAGCGGAAGAUUGCCCUGUUCGUGCUGAACGUGGCCAUUGCCCUCUUUGGUCUUGCCCUUUGCGUGCUGGGUCUGUACGCUUCUGGUACUGCCAUCCAUGAUGACACCAGCAGCUACAGCUUCACUUGCAAGAACACUGAUACUUAA